AGAGAGGAGAUGUAAUUUUUUGGGUGUGCGAAGUCGUCCGCUCUCCUCUUUCUAAACCCCCGCCUGGGAGCAGCUGCCUUUAGAAUGGUUCGGGUUUAUGCUCGCAGAAAGCUUUGCUUCGGCAGCUUUCAUGUGGAGAGCUAACUUUUUUCAACCUGUUACCCAAAGACUCUUCAUGGAUGAACCAAUUCUCCAGAGACCCUGAUGGUAAGAAGAGGGGUUCAAGAUGUCCCAGUAAUCCUUUGGCGGCAAUGUAACUACAGACAAAAAAAAGCAUAAAAUUUGUCCAGUGUUUUGUGGAAAAGGAGGCCUGAGCGGAAAUCAUGGCCUCCAAAGACUCUAUUGAAUUUGGCUCCCACUCCCCCAUUCUGGUUCCAUGCUUUCAGGGUGAGAAUCCAGGUGUGAAAAUGGAAAAAGCAGAGUCAGCAGGCCCCAAACUGGAGUUGGGAACUAUCAGAUCCUGUUUAAGAGGAACAGGACUGCAACAUGUCAAAAAUGAGCCAGAGGAUGGAGUGUCAUCACAACAGUGGGAAGCCCAAUGGCAGGAGUUCCUCAGGACAGUUCAGUCCCCUCCAUCUGGAUGGCCGAACCCAGAGCCUGCCCCGUGGGACAAUGCAAAGACUUCUCCAGAUCCCACUGAGGGGGCCGUCAGUUCACAGGGACAGUGCCAAAACUUCAGGCAGUUCCAAUAUCCGGAAGCCAUAGGUCCUCAGGAGGUUUACAGCCGGCUCCGAGAGCUUUGCCAUCAGUGGCUGAAGCCAGAGAGACAUUCCAAGGAGCAGAUCCUAGACUUGGUGAUUUUGGAGCAGUUCCUGGCUAUCCUGCCUCAGGAGAUGCAGAGUUUGGUGAAGGAACAGGGGUUUGAGAACUGCUGCCAGGCAGUGGCCCUGGUGGAGAACUUCCUCCUGAGACAAAAGAAAAGAGAGAACCCGAAAAAGGUGGAGCCUGCAAAGCUGUUCCAAGAGGUGGUUGUCAGUCUUCCAGUAGAAGAAGGGCCUUUGCUGGAGAUCUCAGAGAGAGUUCCACCUGGAGAGGUCAAACAAGAGAGUGAGGCAGGAGCAGGCAGUGAAUGUCAGGGUGAGACCAAAAGGCAGCCACAUGUGGUGUUAUGGAAAUGUGUCAAACAGCAUGCAUUGGAAGGAAAUGAUGGAGUAAAUCUAGUCGAGGGAAAAUGGAAGGAGGGCUAUGUAACCAAGAAAUGGAAGAAUGAAUCCAUUUCUUAUCAAGAUGGUGAUUUUCACGAAGUCACAGUACAGCCAAGAAUGCACAACAGGAGACGAAGGAAUAAAUGUACUGUAUGUGGGAAAAUCUUCAGAGAUGAAACUUACCUUCACAAGCAUCAAAGAACCCACACAGGGGAGAAGCCAUACAAGUGCUCAGAUUGUGAGAAGAGCUUCCGGUGGAGCUCAGACCUCCAUCGCCAUCACAGAACCCACACGGAAGAAAAACCAUAUAAAUGUUUGGACUGUGGGAAAAGUUUUCAUCGGAGUUCAAACCUUCAUAGACAUCGGCAAACCCAUACAGGAGAGAAAUCGUACAAAUGUGGCGACUGCAGAAAAAGUUUUCGUUGCAACUCUAGCCUGAUUAGUCAUAAGCGUACGCAUACCGGAGAAAAACCAUACAAGUGCUCUGACUGUGGGAAAAGCUUCCGCCUGAACUCAAACCUUAUUAGCCAUAAGCGAACACACACUGGAGAGAAGCCUUAUGAAUGCCCGGACUGUGAGAAAUGCUUUCGUCGAAGCUCACAUCUAAAUACUCACAAGAGAAUUCACACAGGACAGAAACCAUAUAAAUGCUCAGAUUGUUCCAAAAGCUUUUCUGAUAAGUCCAACCUUCUUAGUCACCUGAGAAUCCACACAGGACAGAAACCGUAUAGCUGUUCAGACUGUACCAAAUCCUUCUCCAAUAAAUCAAACCUCCUUAGCCAUCAGAGAAUUCACUCAGGGGAGAAGCCCUAUGAAUGCUUAGACUGUGGGAAAAGUUUCAGUGUCUGCCAGUAUCUCACCAGACAUCAGAGGAGACACACAACAGAGAAACUAUAUGAAUGCUCAGACUGCAGGAAACGAUUCAGUCAGAGCCAGUAUUUAAUUAGGCAUCAAAAACACUCACAUAGGAGGCAAAGCAUGAGCAUCCACGAGAGAGUCUUCCUGGCUCAUAUUCUCCUCUUUGAUCUGCCUUACGGACCCAUCACCUUUUGGGCCCUGGAGAAGAGUGGGAGAAUAAGAGAGGCCGCACCCAACAUUCAUCUGACAAGGAUGCGGUGCGCCCCAGCUACCAGCACAUGGAAGCAGGCAGGUUCUUGCCCAGUACAGCAUGGACAACACAGAGGCUGCCGGCGUGCAGGAGAAAAGAAGAGCGGUGAUAUCAGCAGUUAUCGGACCACCCACAGAGGCUGCAGGCACCCGCAGAUGAGUGGGAGAGACCAGAGAACACCCGCAUUGCACCGGAGAACAGGGUGCAAGCACACAUGCCCACAAAACAGUGGCCUUACCUGGCACGGAGGGAUCACUGUCAUCCUCCUGCUUGAUAUCUCCGGACAGCGACCUCUGGCAGGAGUCCAACGGCUGCAGCCACUGGCGGCAAAGUGUCCACAAUCUGUAAGAGGUCAGCCUGGGUCCGACGGCCUCAUAGUAGAUGAAUUCCCGAAAUUUUUGGCGCUCAGUGUCCCAGCUGACUGCCUCCUCACCCAGGAUCACUUCCUCGUGUCCUACCUCACCUGGGAACUCGUCCUUCACUGUCUUGUCCGUGGCCAGGGUGGCAUCUUGAGGGUCCUUGAUGGAGCCAAAUUGGAGCUGGGGGACCUCACUUCCUCGAAGCUGUUGAGUGACAUCAAGGGGGGACUCAGAACAGCCUGCAUGUGCCUGCUGUCCAGAAUACAGGGGCAGUCAGAAGGCAUGACUGGGGAAGGAGCCGACACUAGCCAGCUUCCACCUGGCUGUUGCCUCAACAACACCCAGGGCUUUGGAUUUGUGCCACCAAAGCCCAGGGCUUUGGAUUUGUGCCACCUUUUCGGUGGUGGGUUAAAGGGAAGGAGUCUGAAUUGCUGGAGUGGCAUCAACAGAGAGGAUCACCUGACUUGCCCAGUCUCUUACGCCUCCAUUUGUGCGGGCGGGGGAGACGGAGGGGGCGGUGCUAGGAGAGUUUUUGAAAACAGGCUCUUAAGAGAGGAAGGGAGGAUGUGGGAAGAGUUGGACUCAGCUGUCUCUGAAUCAAGAGAAGGCCUCAGUACCUCUGAGGCUGGGAGCAGAAGGGAACUGUGGGAAGGAACCAUGAAGAAGAGCCCAGGAGACAACGAUGUCCUCCCUUCAGAUGUGCAACGCAAGCAGUUCAGGCAGUUCCGCUACCAGAAAGCCGAGGCCCCCCGAAAAGUUUACAGCCAUCUCCACCAUCUUUGCCGCCAGUGGCUGAAGCCAGAAAGACACAGCAAGAGGGAGAUGCUGGACCUGGUGAUUCUGGAGCAGUUCCUGGCCAUCCUGCCCCCAGAGAUGGGGAACUGGAUCAGGGAAUGUAGGGCGGAGACCAGUUCUCAGGCGGUGGCCCUGGCAGAAGGCUUCCUCUUGAGCCAGGUAGAGGACAAGAAUCAGGAACAGCAGGUGCAGGGAAGGAUCGCACAGGACGGUUACCACAGAGUAGCUUUUCCAGGUGGUGCCCUACAUUCUUUGCCAUCUUUUUGGGGCAGAGAGAAAGCAGAUUCUGUGCAGCCUGAUCAGGGUCUGGUGACCUUUGAGGCGGUGUGUGUUCAUUUCUCCGAGGACGAGUGGGAUCUGCUGGAUCUGGACCAGAGAAAGCUUCACGAGGAAGUCUUGGAGGACAACUGGCGGAAUGUGGCUUCUCUGGAAGGACUUCUGGUUCACAAACCUGAUUCCAUAUCCCCAUUGGAAGCUGGAAAUCCACUUGAACAGGACCCAGAAAAAAGAAAGAGAUCAGCAGAGGAUAACAGUCUACAGAACAAGAAAGAACCACAACACCUCCUAUUUGAUGAAAAAGAGAAGAAAAGUGCAAAAAUAAAAAGGAAGGGGGGGAAUGAAUGUUAUGUUUCUCAGAGUGCUGAAUCCCAGAUACCUGAUACACCAGGAAACGUUAACAUAAUUGACAAACCAGAUAAGUGCUUCCAAUGUGGAACGAGCUUUGAUGUGAAGGGAGACGUCCCUGAACAUCAACUCCACAAAGAGGAGACACAUGAACGCUGGGCACGUGGAAGGAGCUUUGCUAAGUCUUGCAUCCUUGAUGCUCAUCAACAAAUCCACACUGGUGAGAAAAUGUACAGCUGCUUGGAGUGUGGAAAAAGCUUUGCUCAGAGUUCAGCCCUUACUAGCCAUAAGCAUAUCGACAUUCGAGAGAAACCGUAUAAAUUCACAGAGUGUGGAGGAAACUUUACUCAUAGUUCCAACCUUUUUACUCAAAAACAAAUCCAAAGUAGGGAGAAACCAUAUAUAGGCUUGGAGUGUGCAACGAGCUGUGCUCAGAGUGCAGAACUUACUAUCUAUCAACGAGUCCAUGCUGCGGAGAAACCAUACAAAUUCUUCGAGUGCAAAAAAAGCUUUGCACAGCGGUCUGAUCUUACUAAACUCACUGGGGAGAAAUCCUAUAAACGCCUUAAGCAUACUGGAGAGAAAAUAUAUAAAUGUUUGGAAUGUGGAAAGAGCUUUGCUCAAAGUUACCAUCUUACCCGACAUCAACAAAUCCAUACUGGGGAGAAACCAUAUAAAUGUUUGGAAUGUGCAAAGAGCUUUGCUCAGAUUUCACAUCUUAGUAACCAUCAACGAAUCCACACUGGGGAAAAACCAUAUAAAUGCUUGGAGUGUGGAAAAUGCUUUACUCAAAGUUCACAUCUUACCCGACAUGAACAAAUCCAUACUGGGAAAAAACCAUAUAAAUGCUUGGAGUGUGGAAAGAGCUUUGUUUUGAGCUCCCGUCUUACUGAACAUAAACGAAUCCACACUGGGGUAAAACCGCAUAAGUGCUUGGAGUGUGGAAAGAGCUUUGCUCGGAAUACAGAUCUCACUAUCCAUCAACGAAUCCACAGGGGGGAGAGGCCAUAUAAAUGUUUAGAGUGUGGAAUGAGUUUUACCCACAGGUCAACACUUUCUAAUCAUCAUCGAAUCCACACUGGGGAGAAACCAUAUAAAUGCUUGGAGUGUGGAAAAAGCUUUGCUGCGAGCUACCGUCUUACUAAACAUCAACGAAUCCACACUGGGGAAAAACCAUAUAAACGCUUGGAGUGUGGAAAGAGCUUUCCUCAGAAUCCAGAUCUUACCCGGCAUCAACUAAUCCACAGGGGGGAGAAGUCAUAUAAAUGCUUGGUGUGUGGAAUGAGUUUUACCCACUGUUCAACACUUACUAAUCAUCAACGAAUCCACACUGGGGAGAAACCAUAUAAAUGCUUGGAAUGUGGAAAAAGCUUUGUUUUGAGCUCCCGUCUUACUGAACAUCAACGAAUCCACACUGGGGGAAAACCAUAUAAAUAAUUGGAGUGUGGAAAGAGCUUUGUUCGGAAUUCAGAUGUCACUAUCCAUCAAUGAAUCCACAGAGGGGGAAGAAGCCAUAUAAAUGCUUGGAGUAUGGAAAGCUUUGCUCACAGUACAAGAUUUAUUGUCCAUCAGCGAAUCCACACUGGGAAAAAACCAUUUAAAUGCUUGGAAUGUGCAGAGCUUUGCUCAAAAGGCACAUCUUAGUGACCAUCAACGAAUCCACACUGGGGAGAAACUAUAAAUGCCUUGAAUGUGAAAAGAGCUUUGCUCAAAAGACACAUCUUAAGCUACACCAAAGUAUUCACAGAGGAGAGAAAUCAUAAAUGCUAAUCCAUGUGUUGCAUCAAAGAAUUCUCAGAAGAGAGAAAACAUACACAUAUUUCCAAGUUUGCAAGAUAUUAGACUCAAGCCCAACCUUUCCUGGUAUCACUGAGAGUUUUUGUGCUAAAUCAGUCUUGUAUUAUACAUGUUUGAACUAGUCUUGGUUAAUGCAUGUUCAAUUCUCAGCUACAAUAUUUGGAAUAGAGUUUACAGGCAAUUUGAAUUAUUUUGUCCUACCCGUUGAAUACAUGUUAUGGUGGGGUGUCACAGACUGUUACAUUUGAUAGAUUAAUUUGUUGAGGACUAGGUUCUCUGCCUUGCUUCCUCCACUGGGCCAUAUUUAGUGCUGUUGAAUGAGCAGUUCUGUCUCCUGCCAAAACAAGAGCAGCUAUAUCAAAUGAACUAAUGUCAGCCAUGCUGACAGGAAGGUUAGGCUGAGGAUGAGUUGUAGCCCAGGGUGAGCCAACGAAUUUCAUUGGUAAAUUUGGAUUUUGAACCUGUCACUUCCCUUUCUCUGUACAUACAUAAAUGAGUGAUCAGGAGCUGCAGUGGCAUAGUUGUUAAGAGCAGGUGCACUCUAAUCUGGGGAACCGGGUUUGAUUCCCCACUCUGCCACUUGAGCUGUGGAGGCUUAUCUGGGGAACUAGAUUAGUCUGUGCACUCCCAA